AAAGCCGGAGAGGAGCCUACAAUUGUGGGAGAAUGGGCGGUGCACAUCAUUGUAUUGCACACCUCUAAAAAAAACAGUGCUCUGAUUCAUAAAUAUAAAAAGAUCCUCUGAGGAGGGCAGUGGGGUUUUUUUUGUGUGUGUGUGUGAUGGCAACUUCACUUCUAGGGGUGAGUCUAAAAAGGACUUUCUUACGGCUUUAAUUAGUUCUUGUCAUUGUCCGGUCGGAGGGGGGAUUAAAGUUGCAGCGGUCGCAGAGUCGCGGCGGAGCCAGUGCGUCGCUUCUUUUUCCAGCGAGCGGUUCGUGUGAGAGACAAACGGAGAGGGACAGUAGAGACGCGCGGAGAGAGAGAGAGAGAGAGAGAAGGGAAAACGAGCAAAGUUCGCCGCAGUGCUCGAAGCGCCACGCAUGUUCCCUUCGGCGUCUGGUCUGCGGUGUGUUUGUAGGCGCUCGUGUGACGCGUUUCGCUUGUCUGCUCUCUGUCCGUCCAGGAGGAGCCGAGGUUAGGAUCGACUCCUUUAGCCAUGUUAGCUGCAACAUGCAACAAGAUCGGGAGUCCGAGCCCCUCACCGUCGGCAAUUUCGGAUAAUUCCUCGUCCUAUGGAAAGGGCUUCCACCCGUGGAAAAGAGCCGCCCCGAGCAGCUGCAGCCUCGGAUCCGGCCUGUCCGGCUUCGGGGUGUCCCGCAACGGAGCCGGCAUCUCGGACUCUUUCGGCACCAACGGCUCCGGUGGAUCCAGCGCGUUUUCCCUCACGCCCGGCGCCUCGCCCGGUUCACACUUUGGGAACGACUACUCCGUUUUCCAAGCGUCCGUGUCGAGCAGCUCCCAAGAGUCCAGUCACCAGCCGGUGUUCAUCUCCAAGGUGCACACCUCGGUGGACAGUUUGCAGGGCAUCUAUCCGAGGAUGAGCGUCGCGCAUCCCUACGAGUCCUGGUUCAAGUCGUCUCAUCCCGGCAUCCCCACGGGUGACGUCGGGACCAGCGGAGCCUCUGCGUGGUGGGACGUGGGAGCGGGAUGGAUUGAUGUUCAGAACCCCAAUGGAGCAGCACUACAGACCUCCUUACAUUCCGGCGGACUCCAGACUUCCUUGCACUCUCCCCUGGGCGGAUAUAAUUCUGACUACUCGAGUUUGAGUCACUCUGCUUUCAGUACAAGUCCCUCUCCACACCUGUUGACAACCGGCCAGCACCUGAUGGACGGUUUCAAGCCGGUGUUAUCCUCGUAUCCGGACACAAGCCCCUCUCCGUUGACGGGGGCGGGCGGGACUAUGCUCUCCGGGGGUCCACCUGCAUCUUUAGCGGGGUCUCCGAGGUCGUCUGCCCGCCGGUACUCGGGCAGAGCCACCUGCGACUGUCCGAACUGCCAGGAGGCGGAGAGACUAGGGCCGGCGGGCGCCAGCCUCCGGAGAAAGGGGCUCCACAGCUGCCACAUCCCCGGCUGCGGGAAGGUUUACGGGAAAACGUCGCACCUGAAGGCGCAUUUGAGGUGGCACACCGGCGAGAGGCCGUUUGUGUGCAACUGGCUCUUCUGCGGGAAGAGGUUCACGCGCUCCGACGAGCUCCAGCGACACUUGCGCACGCACACCGGGGAGAAGAGGUUCGCCUGCCCGGUGUGCAACAAAAGAUUCAUGCGAAGCGACCACCUGAGUAAACAUGUAAAAACUCACAGCGCCGGGGGAUCCGCCGGCUCCGGCUCCGGGGGCAGCGGAGGGAAGAGGGGGAGCGACACCGACAGCGAGCACAGCGCGCCGGGGAGCCCCCCGUGCCAUUCCCCCGACCUGUUGCACCCACCUGAGUCCACCCAGGGAGUGGGCAUGAACGGCCUCUAAAACGAGUCAGAACUGUGAAACAGCAAAAGUGUCUCGGUGGAACUGUCCCAGAGGACGUGUGGACAUAUUAUGACUGUGUGCACAAUGCUUCAUCCUGAGUGUUGUCAUUUAAUGAGAAAAUACGGCCUAUACGUUUCUUUGACUCCCCCCCCCCCCCACUCCCAAGUGUUCAAGACUACUAAUUGCAUACAUUUAAAAAAAAACAAAAAAACUGUACCAUCAGAAACUUCUCAUUAAUACAUCUGCGGUGUAAACGUGUAAUCAAGUUAUUGUGGGCACACUGGGACAGGGCACAACUGUUGUUCGCAGCCUGAUCCCCCUCGAUGUUUAAAUUCCCAGGGUACGAAACACAAAAUAUGUGGAGGGGGGAAUGCGGGCCUGCAACGUUGUGUAACUGCUGUCAAAAACCAAACUCUGGCACUUUAUUAUCGAGCAGGAGAAAUUGUUUUUGGACGGACUGCUCGGUAGGAACAAAUACCUGUAGAGUAUGGUAAGAUAUGGGAUGGGACGGUUUCCAUUAUGUCUGUCUGAUCCCAUGAACCGUUUGAUAAUGGAGGAGCAGUUGUAGGUUUAUAGGCAUAUCAUAUAUUGCAACUCACUCCACAGCCUACAGUGAGUGUGCGUGAGUGUGCGUGCGUGUGCGUGUGUAUGUAAGUAUAAGGCCAGUCGAGGUUACUUUACACUUCACUUCGCUGCAAAAAAACGUGUUGUAUAGAAUGAGAAAUGUAGGUUAGAAUAAUUACAGCCCGAUGUAAAGGUGAGUAAUGUAUUUGUCCAGGAGACGAUUUUGUAUAGGUAUUUCUAGUUGUAUAUGGACUCUAGUAAAUAUUUGAAAAUAUACGGAAAUGUACUUGGAUUCUUUCUUUGACAUGAUAUGAAAUGUAUUGUGGGGAGUUAUAUUUAACCACGAGUUUUCUUGUAUUUAGGGGUCUAUCAUUAGGCGCACUUUGAAUUUAUUUGUACGGUUCUGAAAUCAUUUACUGUUUACCCACUCGUUUUAAUUUAAGUAAGCAUGUUGUAAAGUGAUUUUAAUUUUACAAUGAUAUAUUUUUUUUCUCUCUCUCUCUCUCUAUCUCUCCGAGAAUGGCUUUUUAUGGAAGCCACUCAAUAAAGUCAGUAUGAAUUCAGAA